AAUAGAUCGCCGUUGUAUUAAAAUUGUUGGGGCGAUAAUUCGUAGCCAACACAUGGCCCGAAAAUGGUAUGGAAGGUUUUCUGUGAUUAUACCGGUUACAACCAGCUUGUAAAUGCUCUCUGGCUCUGGUUGUCACUGGGUCACUGGCUUUGAGGUGUCACUUUAUGUUAUGGUGUUUUUGCUGCUUAUCUUUCUGUUCAGACACUCUCCUUUUUAUUUUCCAUUCUGGCUUCAUAACUCUGGUUACAUGGAUAAUUAAACCUUAGCAACCAGCAGGUAAAAAUCCAAAUCUGACAGCUGCACAUAUAAUAAAAACAAAAGACCAUUUGCAACCGGUUUCAGAAGGGUCUGUCCACAUCAGCUCCCUCACCAACACGUCUUAGUACCGCCUCCCAGAUGUUUGUUGCUCUGUAGCUCCGCCCUUGUUCUGAUGUCACUACCGCCCGCCCCUCUCCCUGUGCUGCCAGAAAACUAACGGGGGUAUGGGUGUGAUGUUGUCAGCCUGGGGUCUGUAAGCAGCCGUGGGGGACGAGGCAUGGAGGCUCUGCGGCUCAGUUCGCUGCCAAACACAGACAAGUCCCUCCGCUGUCCUCUUGUUGCCGGUUGCUACGUGUUGCCAGCCAGGAUUCGUCCUGCUUCCUGUCACAGAACUGGAGAGGGAAGUCUAUCUAUAUAAAGACAAGUCAGCAGGACUUCAAACAGCAACCAGACUUUAUCAUCCUACCAAACAAUGGAAUCCUGCACAGCAGAUGAGUGUUACCAGUCCCUCAACCAUGCAGAACAGACAUUUAAAAGGAUGGAGAACUAUCUUAGGCACAAGCAGCUGUGUGAUGUCAUCUUAAUUGCAGGAGAUCGCAGGAUCCCAGCCCACAGGCUGGUUCUUUCAUCUGUCUCUGACUACUUUGCUGCCAUGUUCACUAGUGAUGUAAGAGAGGCAAGACAGGAAGAAAUUAAAAUGGAAGGUGUUGAACCAAAUGCUCUUUGGGCCUUAGUGCAAUAUUCAUACACAGGUCGCCUUGAAUUAAAAGAAGAUAAUAUAGAAUGUUUGCUUUCUGCUGCCUGCCUUCUGCAACUAUCUCAGGUUGUAGAAGCAUGCUGCAAAUUCCUGAUGAAACAGCUUCACCCCUCCAACUGUUUGGGCAUUCGCUCAUUUGCAGAUGCUCAAGGCUGCACCGAUCUCCAUAAAGUGGCUCAUAACUACACAAUGGAACAUUUUAUGGAAGUGAUCAGGAACCAGGAGUUUCUUUUAUUGCCAGGAGUGGAAAUAGCCAAACUUUUAGCAAGUGAUGAUAUGAAUAUCCCCAGUGAAGAGACCAUUUUAAAUGCUCUGUUAACCUGGGUUCGGCAUGAUGUGGAACAGAGGAGAAAAGACCUCAGUAAACUGCUGGCUUAUAUUAGGUUACCCCUGCUGGCACCACAGUUUCUUGCAGAUAUGGAAAAUAAUGCACUAUUUAGAGACGACAUUGAAUGUCAGAAACUUAUUAUGGAAGCCAUGAAAUACCAUUUGUUGCCUGAAAGAAGACCCAUGCUUCAAAGCCCUCGCACAAAGCCUAGAAAGUCUACAGUUGGAAUGCUGUUUGCUGUUGGUGGAAUGGACGCAACUAAAGGAGCUACCAGUAUAGAGAAGUAUGACCUUCGUACCAACAUGUGGACACCUGUGGCUAAUAUGAAUGGCAGGAGGCUGCAGUUUGGUGUUGCAGUGCUGGAUGAGAAGUUGUAUGUUGUUGGAGGGAGAGAUGGAUUGAAGACCCUUAAUACUGUUGAGUGUUACAACCCCAAAACUAAAACAUGGAAUGUUAUGCCUCCAAUGUCAACUCAUAGACAUGGACUUGGUGUUGCAGUUCUGGAAGGGCCGAUGUAUGCAGUCGGUGGUCAUGAUGGGUGGAGUUACCUCAACACAGUGGAGAGAUGGGAUCCGCAGGCUCGUCAGUGGAAUUUUGUGGCCAGUAUGUCAACUCCUAGGAGCACAGUUGGUGUGGCUGUACUAAGUGGAAAGCUUUAUGCAGUGGGCGGUAGAGAUGGAAGUUCAUGCCUCAAGUCUGUAGAAUGCUUUGAUCCUCACACCAAUAAAUGGACGUUGUGCUCCCAAAUGUCAAAGCGAAGAGGUGGGGUCGGCGUUGCUACUUGGAAUGGAUUUUUAUAUGCUAUAGGAGGACACGAUGCACCCGCUUCCAACCUGACAUCUCGAUUGUCAGACUGUGUAGAAAGAUACGAUCCCAAAACUGACAUGUGGACAACGGUGGCUUCUAUGAGCAUCAGCAGAGACGCAGUGGGCAUGUGCCUGUUGGGUGACAAACUUUACGCUGUAGGAGGAUAUGAUGGGCUGAGUUAUCUAAACACAGUUGAAGCUUAUGACCCCCAGACCAAUGAGUGGGCGCAGGUUGCUCCGUUGUGCCUUGGAAGAGCCGCCGCAUGUGUGGUCACAGUAAAACUUUAAACUGCACAUUUUCUUUCACAUUCCCAAAGAUCGUUGAUUUUAGUAUUCAUGCUAAUCUUCCACAGCCAUCUAGUAUUUCAUGCAUUUUAAUGCACACAAAAAAAUACAGUAACAUUUUAUUUCUGUAUAAAUUAUAUUACAGGGUAUCUUACAAAGAUUUCUGUCAGUCACUGUGUAGACUGCUCACAUCUAAAGGUUCAAUGUACAAAACCAUAAAUAUAUGAUUUAUAUUGCACUGAGACAUUUUGGGGGUUAUUUAUCAAAGUCCAAAUUUAUCUCAUUGACCUUUUAAAGGGGUAAAACACCAUUUUUUUUUUGUG